AUAUUAAGUUAAUAAGGUAAAGAAUACCAAUGCCUCAUUUGCCAACAACAAACAUAGCACGCAAAAAAGAUUUAUAGGAUCUACAAAAUCUACACUUUCACUUUUUCCCCCACUAUAUAUUCAUCUUCCAACACUACCACAAUUCCACAUCCAACUCUAUCCAUUCUUCUCCCAAUUCAACACUCUCAAAUUAGUCUCUUUUUGGCAAACCAAAAACAUACAUGAUGGCUUCAACUUCCUUUGCUUCUCUCCCUCAAGAAAUAGUUAACAAACUUCACUAUUCUAGAAGAUUACUACUUCACUCCCCCUUUCAACCCUCACUACCUGUAACAUCACAAGCACCAACACCAACCUACCAAGUCCUUGACCCGACUGGUACGACCCAUGGCAAUCCCGGGUUUGAUGCUAACAUAGUCAUGAUCCUCGCGGUAUUGGUUUGCGCUCUAAUCUGUUCUUUAUGCAUAAACACCUUCAUUAGGUGUGUCAUUAAGUGCUCUAGCAUGAUUACAGGGGAGCCUAAUUACUACCUAAACAUGGUUAGUCGUGAUCAGAAGAAAAAAGUUAGUAAGGGUUUGGACAAAAGGGCAUUGAAGACUUUUCCAGUGAUUAAGUACUCAAAUGAGGUAAAGAUUCAAGGGUUAGAUACAGAUUGUGUGAUAUGUUUAUCAGAGUUUAAGGGAGGAGAAAAAGUCAGGAUAUUACCAAAAUGCCACCAUGGCUUCCAUGUUAAAUGCAUUGAUGAAUGGCUUAGUGCUCACUCCUCUUGCCCUACUUGCAGACAAUCAUUAGUUGAAACGUGUCAAAAGAUCAUUGGAACCCAUGAUGUUGAUCAUCAAACAACAACACCAUCAACAACAACAACAACAACAACAACAACAACAACAACAACAACACCAACAACAUCGUCAACAUUCAUGGAGGUGGUUGUAGUAAGUAUUGUACCACUUGAAAGGGAAGAUUUGAUGAGAAAUUACAGAGGAGAAGUUUCUCUAAGAUAGCUAGCAAACAAGUUGCUGAAAUUAGAUAAAUUUUUUGUAGAUUUUCUUCAUUUUUUGAGGGUUAAAUAUCAGGGAAAUGUUCAAUAUUCAUGUUUACUCUUUUUAAUUGUAUAAAAUGAAAUGACAAGAGUAAUAGUUAUUGAUAUACUUCCUCUUCUCUUAUUUAUAUGACACAAUUGAGUUUUAGAAA